GUUUGCUUUCUCGAAACCCCCACAUACACAGCCAGAAAUUAAGGGGGUGGUUGGGUUGGGUAACAACGAUAGCUCUCUGGCAUCGUUUAGUGUCAGGUUUCGAAGUGCGAAAUGUUCCCAGCUCGCUAAAAAAUUAAAUAUUCAAAUAUAGCUGUUUCCACAGCUCACAGGGAUAACCCAGAAAUGGGGGGGAAAAGCAAAAAGGAGCAAAGGAGCGGGGCGGAAAAGGAGCCGUUUAGUUUGGGAUCCAGGGCUCUCGAACUAAAGAGGGACACGAGCAGUUGCACACAUCCAUAUGCAUACGGAGGAGGCGACAAAAGUGUUCCAGUUCAAAUGGGUUCAUAUUUCUAAAAGAUGCGAAGCCUAAUUCUUUAGCAGCAGCCAAACAAGAUAGAAAAGAAUAUAUUUCUGUGACUUUCCGGAACGUCACAUCCUGCUUAGCUUGAGUUCGAACUCUUAAACAGAAUUUGUCAUAUUACAAUUUUUUUGUUUUUUAGAUGCGUAAUUUACAACCGAAACUUAGAUAGGCAAAACUCUGACUCAUUAACAUUUAUUCUAUGCGGACUGUCACACCAUAUUUUUGGAGUAGUCAGUCAUUUAAAAACCGUUGUCGGAGACACAUGAAGUCAAGGCACUAGCGUUUGCCAAUUUUUUUGUUAAAAUAUUUUUCGGAAAAAUGCGACUACUUUUGGGAUUGUUCGUUAUACCUUUUCUGUUGAUGUUGGAAAAAACUAAUGCGGAGAUUGAAGGCUGUGAUUUCUUAGACACUGUGGAUGUAUCGGCAGGCCAGUGGCUUUCGACUGGUUCAUACCUAUAUAAGGAUCUACGCAUUCCCAAAAACUUAACGGGUGAAUAUGACUUCCAGCUUCUGCCAGACGGCUCAAAGGAAAAGGUGCCAGUCCACACAAGAGGAUGUGUUUGCCAACUUACUUCGUGCGUCAGGUUUUGCUGCCCUCCAAACCAAAUAAUGCAAAAUGGCGAGUGUUUUGACAUGACAAAGAAGGAGCUGGACGAACUCGAUCCCCAUUUAAAUGUGACCCUCGACGACAAGUCGUUGGUUAGUAAGAACGUUAGGACAGACAUAAUGGUUCAGUGGGAUUUGCCCCUUAGUUGUGACAGUAUCUUUUACUUGGACAACAGGGAUAAAGAGGAUGAGUACACACUGUUCAAGAAUGGAACCCUUCUACGCCACAUUGAUAACUUGCUCGUAAGCAAGCGGGAAUAUUGCUUCCAGUAUGUUUUUUUACCAGACGGCAAUUCAACAACCAUUCGAAUUGUCCCUAACAAUUGUUUACCUCCAGAACCCUCAAAAACAGGACAGACCGUCGUGAUGAUGAUAUCUAUGAUAUGUUUAAUUCUAACGAUCGGCGUGUACAGCUUUUUAAAAAAACUAAGGAACUUGCUGGGCAAGUGCUUUAUGUGCCACAUGAUCUGUCUUCUAAUGGCCUAUCUCCUCCUUUUGCUUGACCUGUGGAACUUAUCGAAGGGCUUUUGCACUACAGCAGGUUUCAUGGGCUACUUUUUCGUCAUGGCCGCGUUCCUUUGGCUUUCUGUCUUGAGUCUGCACCUCUGGAGGAAGUUUCACGGCUCGAAGACGAACGACAGCUUUCUGGCUUACAGCACUUACGCCUGGGCCAUGGCGGUAGUUUUAACCGGAAUUACCUAUUUGGCAGAUCUGUUCGUAGAGAACGAGGAUUGGAAGCCACGUGUGUGCGGUUUAGGCCGGUGCUGGAUAAAAACUCGAGAUUGGUCUGCCAUAAUCUACUUCUUUGGACCGAUGCUAUUGCUGGUUGCUUUUAACUGUACCAUGUUUAUCCUGACGGCUAUUCGUACGCUGCAAAUAUAUAGGGACUUGAAGGACUACUAUUCAAAUCAAAAGGAGAGUCGGAAGAUGAACGAGAAAAACUUGAAAAAAUCAACUUUCAUAUUUUUACUGCGCCUUUUUGUCAUUAUGGGACUUUUGUGGAGCUUCGAGAUAAUUUCCUACUUGGUCAUAGAUAACAAAUUUUGGAGCAACAUUUUUCUGGUAACCGAUUAUCUCAAUUGGAGCCACGGUACAAUCAUAUUCGUGGUUUUCGUUUUAAAGGGCAGUACGCUUAAACUUUCAAAGAAGCGCAUUAUGAGUGAGUGCAAGGAAACGGAGGCCGAAACACAGUUUGAAAAUAUAUUGAUGGAAAAAAUAGGCUUUUAACGACUUCUUCUUAAAUCACUUAAAACAUUAAUGGGAAAUCAAAAAAGUCGAUCUUGCAGAAAACUUAUUCGGUACUAAUGAAUCGUAAAUUGCUAUUAACCUGUUCUUGUUUUUUGUUUGAAAGUAAGCGCAAUAAUUACCAAAGAUGCCUAAAGUGUUUACGACCUUAAGAUCUCGUUUGGGUCUUGCAAUUAACCUUAUUUAUUUCAAAAUCAAUAUAUUUAUAAAUACCAACCCAACUGAAUAAACAGCCAUCUUAAUGAGUUCAUUCUUAGUAGAGCAAAACGUUAACGUCAACUUUGUCGGCUGGCAAUCAUGUGCAAGUACAGCU